AUGGAGGUUAUGGAAGAUGGAAAUUUAAUGGACAAAGUAAACAUAUUAAUACAAAGGGAUUUAGAAUAUUACAAGAGUAAACAGUCCGUUCUGCAAGAAACAAUUUGUCCAGGAAUUAUCGGAGGAAGACUUGAUUUUCCUAGAUCUGCAUCGUUCGCAGCUGUUAAACUAGUAAUUUGGUGGGAAGACGAAUAUAUUGCUGCUUAUAAGAAUCCGUCAGGUUUUUUCCAAAAAGAUUCACGUUCAUCUAGAAGUAGCAUUGAAGCAUUUGGAGGCUGUGGUGGUAUUGUUAAGGCUUCUGAUCCGACUAAAUUUAUUUCGGCUGUCAGUAAAUCAGCUGAUCAAUUAUUAGAACAUCUUCAUGUACUCACUCAAGAAGCACUGGAUCAUGCUGAUCUAACUGUAUUAACCGGUACAAUUGGUGCCGCAGCAUUAUUAAAAAAUUGUCUUUGGUUUUAUAUACAACUUUUAAAAGAUACAAAGACUUCUACAGAACUCCUUCAAACGGGAUACAAAAAAUAUAAUGAAAUGUGUGAAGCUUUAGCUGAGCGUCUCUUAGAUUUGCACUGUAGAUUGUUGUCUUUAUACAUUCUACAAGAUUCUGAUUGUUUAGAUUGGGAAAACACAAAGGCGUUUUUUGAAUCUGAAAGAGGGUCGUAUAUAAUACAGAUGUGGUGGCUGUAUAUGCAAGGUACUCGAGAAGAUCUUUGGACCACAGUACCUCCAAAAAUGGCACAAAGAGUUUUCUCAGGAAUGCUGAAUGAAUCAUUGACAAUAUUAACUGUCAGAUAUACACAGAGUUCACCUUCGGAGGCAAGAAGUGAAUUACUUUUAGUUGACAUCAGCAAUUUGCUUUUAUGCGUUGCUCAACUACUUCCAUCUAUUUGCGACUCCGCUGAAGAAUUUAUUGGCUUGCCGGGGAGCAAUAAGAGCAAAAUUUUGCGCGACAUUCAUGUAAAAUGUCACGAUUUGUUUUGUUGUUUUCUUCUAAGAGGGGCGCCAUUAGAUACACUUCACAAGGUAUUUAGAAAGAACCAAGAAGAUAUAGAUUUGUAUAAAAUAAAUACAAAUAAUAUAGACCCCUGGAUUAUUUAUGGACUGCCAAACAUCUUCAAAAAUAUCACCAAUCCUAUUAAAAGUAUGAGCGAUUUAGACGACCAGACCUGUUUAGCUUUAGAAUUAAUGGUUUUACUAGCACAACCUCAACCUAACUGGGCUUUGCUUUUGAAAGUUCUCUGCCGAAGAAACUUUAAAAUAUUGCAAGUUAUUUUACGAACAUUAUCAGACAUGACAAAUAUAGAACUUAAGAAAACAUCCCAAAAGGCGACCGAUUGUGGAAACUUUUUAUGUCCGGCUGACGGAAGUUGUAAAAAUAUCGAGUCUACGCAAUUAGUAAUGAAUACGAAACAUUACCAUGACUUAAUUAUGGCGUGUACAUCGGUUGUACUGCACAUAGGAAACGAUAAGGAACUUAACAAUGUUUUAAUAGAAACUAUUUCGCAGCAGCCUAACUGGGCAAAGUGUUUUGAGAGGCGACAUGUUUGGAAUCAAAUUAGAUAUUCCUGGUAUGAGGCCAUUUUAAACUUAGCAUCUCCUGUUUUACCUUUAGUAGCGGAAACUGUAAUAAAUGCUUUGCAAACAGGUGCAACCAUGUAUCAAGCUAUGUCGCUCCUAAUAGCUUGUUUGAGUCAAUUUUGGGAUGUUAUAGAUUCCAGUCUAAUUCGGGUAACCAGUUUAUUUCAGGAAGUUAUACCUUCAGACAUAUUGCCAGUUAGUAAUUCUGUGUUGAUGCAAAUUCUUGUUAGUGGAUUGUAUUCGCAUUUUUUAGAUAUAUCUGAGAAUGUUAGCCCAAAAAAAGAGGUGUCUUUUAAACAUAGUCCCAAAGAUGUUGAAAAUAAAUCGGAUGAUACAAAUUCCGUUAAAAGGUGUAGUGAACAGUCUACUGAAAGUCUUGCAUUAGCUGUUGCUGAAUCUCUAUGCAGUAUAGAUGAAGAUAACAAGCAUACUGAUCAAAUAGAGGAAUUUUUAAGUCAAGUUAGUUUAGAAGAUAUUGGAUGUUCCGAAAAUAGUGGAUCAAUUAGAAUUGAAAAUAAUCAACAAAUAUUAGAGAUUUUAGUUAGCGAUCUUUUAUUAAACAAUCAGGGAAAGAAAGCCCUAAAAACACUACAUCAUUUCUUAAAGAAUAAUAGCGAAUGGUUAUAUUCGACAUUAGAGGUCAGUAAAAUUGGUACAAAUUCGGUACCCCCAAACAAAAUUUUACAACGUCCUUUACCUCUCUUACAUAAGAUGUUUUUUAUUGGAUAUAUUCCAUUCGAUCAGAUUUCUAAUCGUUUAAUGAGCGAAUUAGAAGACCUAGUUAAUAGAUUAAGUACUCUUAGUUUUAAUAAAACAGAAAUAAAAAUGCCUAACACAAAUAAUGACGAUACAUUAGCCGUAGAUUGGGAUUUAUUUAAAUCACGUUUAAAUAAUAUUAAACCUUUCGAUGGUGAUUGUAAUACUUUGAAUAAAUUUAAUUUGAAAUGUGACAAAUUAAUUCAAAUUUAUUCUAUUCACAAUAACAGUGAAUUGAAUUCUCAUAUCUUUGAUUGUGUGCAGGAGAAAUUGAUUAGUAGGGCGGAAGUUAUGGUAGGUAAUAGAUCCGAACUAACAAACUGGGAAUCUUUAAAAGCAGCUUUGCAACAGUGUUUUUCAGACCGCAGAGACACAGAUUGUUUGGUUCAGGAACUAACACGUACCAGGCCAUACAAAGGCGAAGAUCUAAUUAAUUUCGGCACUAGAUUACAGUUGUUGAGAAGUAACGUGGCACAACGCAUUAGUAAUGAUUUAAAUUUAACACAAGAACAAAAAUUAUGUCAUAUUAAAUAUUACGAGAAAACUGCAUUGAAUACUUUCAUUGCUGGAUGCACGGGAACACUAAAAAAUAACAUGCAUCUUAAACAACUAAACUCGCUCGAAGAUGCUAUGGCAUAUGUUGUAGAAUUUGAGAAUUUUGAGAAAUUUCAAUCAAAUGCCAAUAGAAAUAAUUCUAUUUUCGGCAGCCCAAAUUUUAAUAAUUUUCAAAAUAAUAAUACUCCAAAUUUUAAUACACCUAACAAUCCAAAUUUUAAUAAUUCGGGAAGCUAUACUGAUUUUCAAACCUGGCCUUCUCAGCCUAUAAAUAUGCCUCAACCUCGACAACUACCCCCGCAAAGAUAUUUUACGAACAAAGAAGUUUUUGGUCCACCACAAAACGUGUUUGCACCAAAACCAAUUCCACCAAGCCAACGAACAAAACCAACACCCAUGUCUAUUAGCGUAAAGAAUACGAACGGAUUUAGUAAACAACAAUCCAUGCAAUAUCAGUUCAAUAACCAACAACAGAGAGGUUGGAAUCCUCCACAAUUUAUUUUUGAAGAACUACACGCUAAUGAAUAUGAAGGAAACGAAGAAAAUGUCCAACAGUACUAUGAUCAAAACUGUGGAAAUAUCGAAAAUGAGACAUAUUUUACAACAAACAUGGAAAACACGAACUAUCGACAAAUCCAAAAUUUCGAAAAACCUAAUGAAGAAAAUCAUGGAUGCGGAAAUUUUCACAAUCCAGCCUAUCCAGAAAACCCAACAUAG